AUGUCCUCAAAUUCACAGUACACAGGUCCCUGGACAUCCCGCCGUGUCCGAGAAGAAUUCUUCGAGUACUUCAGGGCUAGGGACCACACUUUUGUUCGUUCGUCCCCGACAAUCCCUUUCGAUGACCCGACUCUGCUCUUCGCCAAUGCUGGCAUGAACCAGUACAAAUCAAUAUUCCUGGGCACCGUCGAUCCCAACUCUGAGCUUUCCAAGGUCAAGCGUGCCUUCAAUUCCCAGAAGUGUAUCCGUGCUGGCGGAAAACACAACGAUCUCGACGACGUUGGAAAGGAUUCCUACCACCACACCUUUUUCGAGAUGUUGGGCAACUGGUCCUUUGGCGAUUAUUUCAAAAAAGAAGCUAUCAAGUACUCCUGGGAUUUGUUGACUCGCGUAUACGGCCUCUCCCCGGAUCGACUCUACGUCACAUACUUUGAAGGAGACCCCGCCAACGGUCUUGAACCCGAUUUGGAAGCCAAAGAGUGCUGGCUCGAAUAUUUGCCUGAGGACCGUGUCCUUCCUGGAAAUGCAAAGGAUAACUUCUGGGGUGCGUGGUGUCACCCUCCCGAGUUGGAUUUGGCUAACCGACGUGGCAGAGAUGGGCGCUACCGGUCCCUGCGCGAAAUCCACUACGACCGAAUUGGUGGACGCCAAGCUGCCCACCUUGUCAAUCAGGACGACCCCGACGUUCUCGAGAUCUGGAACAAUGUCUUUAUCCAGUUCAACCGCGAACCUGAUGGCACCCUCAAGCCCCUCCCCGCCAAACAUGUCGAUACAGGAAUGGGCUUUGAGCGACUCGUUUCAGUUAUUCAAGACAAGCGAUCCAACUACGACACCGACGUUUUCACGCCUAUCUUUGCCAAAAUCCAAGAGUUGUCGGGUGUUAGGCCAUAUGAGGGUCGAUUUGGUGCUGAUGACGCGGAUGGCAUUGACACUGCCUACCGUGUUGUUGCAGACCAUGUUCGAACUUUGACCUUUGCCCUCAGCGACGGGGGUGUUCCCAACAACGUCGGGCGAGGAUACGUCCUGCGACGUGUUCUUCGACGAGGUUCGCGGUACGCCCGCAAAAAGCUCGGUGUCCCUAUCGGAUCCUUCUUCUCUUCCCUUAUGCCCGUUGUGGUUGAGACUAUGGGUGACAUUUUCCCCGAGAUUACCAAGAAGGUGGAUGAUAUCAAGGAAAUCCUUGACGAAGAGGAGGAAUCCUUCUCCCGCACCUUGGAUCGUGGUGAAAAGCUCUUUGACCAAUACGCCGCCAAAGCCAAAGCCGAGGGCAGAAAGGAGCUCAGUGGUGCUGAUGUCUGGCGACUCUACGAUACCUACGGUUUCCCCGUUGAUCUCACCCGAUUGAUGGCUGAAGAGUUGGGCUUGGGUAUCAAUGAUGCGGAGUUCGAAGAGGCACAAAGAAAGUCCAAGGAGGCGAGCAAGGGUACCGCCAAGAAGGACACUGCUGAAAUCGUCAAGCUCGACGUCCAUGAACUGGCUAUCCUCGAGAAAGACGACAGCGUUCCUAAAACCGAUGAUUCUGCCAAGUUCGGCACUGGUAACAUUACUGCCACUGUCAAGGCCAUUGUCUACGACAAAAAGUUCCUCACUUCCACCCAGGAUAUCCCCGAAGACGCAACCUUUGGUGUCAUCUUGGACAAGACCAGCUUCUACGCUGAAUCCGGUGGUCAGGAAUAUGACACUGGAAACAUUGUCAUUGAUGGUGCUGCCGACUUUGAAGUCACCAACGUCCAAGUCUACAACGGUUACGUCGUGCACACUGGUCACCUCAAAUAUGGGCAGCUCGAUGUUGGCAGCGAGGUCAUCUCUUCGUAUGACGAGCUCCGACGAUGGCCCCUUCGCAACAACCACACCGCGACCCACAUUCUCAACUUUGCAUUACGGGAGGUUUUGGGCGACCAUGUCGACCAGAAAGGCUCCCUCGUCGCUCCUACCAAGCUCCGAUUCGACUUUUCGCAUAAAGCUGGCAUCACACUUCCCGAAUUGACCAAGAUUGAGUCUAUGAGCAUCGAUUGGAUAAAGAAGAACGUCAAGGUGUAUGGCAAAGACCUUGACCUCAACUUGGCCCAAAAGAUCCCUGGACUCCGUGCGGUAUUUGGAGAGACGUACCCUAACCCUGUCCGGGUUGUUACGCUCGAGUAUUCCGUGGACGAGAUUGCGGCGGAUAUCGAGAAUCCCAAGUGGAGACAGACUUCUAUCGAGUUCUGCGGUGGAACCCAUGUUGCAAAGACUGGUGAUAUCAAGGGUUUCGUCAUCACGGAAGAGUCUGGUAUUGCCAAGGGUAUCAGGCGUAUCAUUGCUGUCACUGGCCAUGAAGCUGCCGAGGUUACUCGUGUCGCUCAGGCUCUUGAAGAAAAGCUUAACCAAGCCGAUGCUCUGGACGGCAAGGCCAAGGAUGCUGCUUUGAAGGCAUUGACUGUGGAACUCGGUCAAGCCGAUAUUUCCGUUCUCAAGAAGGCGGAACUGAAGGACAAGUUGAAUGCCAUGCGCAAGGCGUUUGACAAGGCAGUCAAAGAGAAGGAAGCUGCUGCUGGGAAGAAAGCUCUUGAGGACUUCCAGAAGCACUUUGUCGAGAACCCCAACGCCCAAGUGUAUAUUGCUUUGGUCGAGGCUGGGGGAAAUGCCAAGCUCUUGCAAAGUAUCGCCACCGCUGCCCGCAAGGCAGAAAAGUCGAUUUACGUUUUCAGCCAUGAUGCAGAGCAGGGCAAAGUUCCCCAUGUCAACUACGUUGCACCAAAUUUAAAGGCUCAGGGUGUUGAUGCACGACAAUGGGCUGCAAAGGUCACUGACCUUAUUGGUGGCAAGGCUGGAGGAAAAGAGGAGAGUGCGCAGGGUGUUGGGUCGGAGGCCAGCAAACUCCAGGAGGCCAUCGCAGCUGCUAGGCAGCAUGUUGAGAAGUACUUGUAAAAUCCGCAACGUACUUAGAUUGCAUGGGGCGUGAGUGUAUUGGUAUAGAGCUUUGUGCGUCCAUCUGUUUUCGUGCUUUUUAGUCGCUUUUAUAAUGGGAGAAUUUGCUUUCGCCGGGCUC